AUGCCGCGAACCAGGAGCCAACAGAGGUCAUCAUCGAGGUCAUCAUCGAGAAGUCGGCGGCGGGCCCGCUCCCGCACUGCCCGAGCCCAGUUGAAUUUCUCCGUCAGCUACGUGGAGCGCCGUCUGCGGGAGGGCUACUAUGCCCGGCGCCUGAGUUGGUCUGCGCCCGUGUACCUGGCCGCUGUCAUCGAGUUCCUGACGGCGAGGGUCCUGCAGCUGGCGGGCAACGAGGCCCAGAACAACGGCAGGAAUCGCAUCACCCCGGAUCUCGUGGAUAUGGCCGUCUACAACGACCCGCUGCUCAGCAGGCUCUUUGGGACCACGACCAUCUCCCAGGUUGCCCCAGAUUGGGACUAG